UAUAUAAGGUGAAACUGAAAACGGACCCUAAGGCUUUCCCUCUCCGCCAACACCAAAGAGAUGAGGAAGAUAUCCGGCCAAGUACUCUCGACGAAGCCCGUCUCACUCGCUCGUGCAGCAAAGCUCGUCUCCCGCUUCGCCGGUGUUGACAACGGCUCCUCCUCCGCCGUCUCCUUGUACUUGCAGCGCACUGCCGAGGCCUUCAAUCACUUAGUUCAGUUCCACAGCAAGCGCAAGACUGGUGACCUCGAGAACAGUCCGGAUCGCAAAAGGGUCCAAAACGAGCAAACAGAUGGUCUGGAGAAAAACCCAUAUGGAAAAGAGGCGCAAGAUGGAAAACGUAGAGGGAAAAGGGAGAGAAAGACUGAGACUGGAGUUGCUGAGGAAAAUCCUUUUGAGGAUGAGGUAAGAGUUUCGAAGAGUGGGGCGGAGGAACAGAUGAAGGAGAAAAAGAAGAAGAAGAAAAGGGAGAGUGAUGGCGUUGAUUUGGAGGGGAAGAGCAACAGUAAGAAGAGCAGUAAGAAGAGUAGAAGACACGAAGGUCCUGAUUCUUAAGGAGAAAUUGCUUAUGACAAGAAGAGAAGCAUGUCUGUUUCUGUUAUAGGCAUUUUACUCAUUAUUCUUGGAUAGUGGCUUCAAACCACAUCUUCACAGAGUUGAUUUUCGGAAAGCUUCACCUACAUCUACUUUUUCAUUCUGGCCUUUGUCGUCAUUCAGUUUCUCUCUACAUUAAGGCCCGGUGUUAAGAGGCAUUGCGUAAUGUUACACUUCUCUGUCAGGACGUUUCACUAUGACUUAGAGGAAUGAGUUCAUAGACAUAUGCAUGAACAUCUUAUGGUGUUUUGUUCUUGUAGAAGUUAUUGGUCCAGGAUAAUCAAUGUGAGAUUUUCUUUUUCCCAUUACAAAGUCAUUGUGGGUGCUACCGAAUGUUCUUGUUGCAUAUGAAUGGCAACCAGUUUGGCCAUAUGGAAGCAAUCUUGUCUCUAUAUUGGAACUGUAUACAUAAUCUGGAUUUGGUCAAA